GGUCACCUGAGACAGGGGGAAAACUGACCAGAAAUUCAAAUCAAAACAGGACGAGUGUCAACAACAACAACCUAUCCAUUGUGGUCAACCUCCGCUUGGUGUCUUCUCACCCGUGAUUUGGGCCCGUGAUCCGGGUCAGCCGUGGCGGUCCAUGGCCUCCACCCCGGAUUUGGUGCUGGUGGGCUCGGAUUGGAACAGUUUUGUGCGAGAUUCCGAGCCGCACGCCGUGUUAAGUGCCAAUUCGCAAGCUUUGGAAGAGCAUUUGACGGCCUUGGUGCCCGAACACGCCCUGACAUCGGCGGGCGCUGACUCUGAAUGGGGGCCGAGUCUAAGGGCGUGGCUGAGUGGGUUGGCCUGGGCCUUGAGUGCGCAGAGUCAAGUCCAUAAACCGGUCAAGCUCAAGAAUCGUAGAUUGCGAAAUUGGACGCUCAUCUUGAAAUUUAUCACUUGUUUGGAACGAUACUCUUUGAUUUCUGUCGCUGAUUUGUUGCCCGAUUUGUUUGAACAGCUGUUUCACUUGGUGCGCGUCACUCACGGUAUUACGCGCACAAUUCUGUGCGAAUUGUUGUCCUCGAUCGCCAAUCGAAAUCAUGCUGUCCCUUGGCGAGUCCGGAGCCUCAAGAACAACGUGUUCAAUAGUCAAGGUGUGGAUGUCAAGGGCCCCGUUCAUCUUCUGAAAAAGUUCAAAUUCCUUAAGCCCGAUUUAAUUCCCGAGAAUCUCUCGCAUUACCCAAGUAUCCCGGAUCCGGUUGGUCGACCUGGUAUGUCUGAGUUAGAGCGGAAAUUUGAGGCGAUCUGGACAGAUCGUAACCCAUUCAACAACGACCUGGAUGACCUCAUGCCCGAUUGUCGAUUAAGUUGGGAUGAUGUGAUCCACCACAUGGAAAUCGACCCUUCAGAUCAGAAUUCUCAAGACGGGCCUCACAUCAAACGAUGUCGUUUAGCUCUCCCUGGACCCGAAAAUGUGAACCACGUGGAUCAAACCUCCAGUGGGGCCAAACAUAGUGUUUCAUUGGCCAAUUGCACGACCGUGCUGGAUAUUUACCAAAACCUGGGCCAUAUUGUCCCCCCUUCCCAAUCUUUGGCGCUUUUGAGGCGAAAGGCCUUGUUCAUGAUUCUCGCCGCCAAUGACAAUCCCGAGGAAGUUCAGGCUCGUUUCUCUAUAGCUCUCUAUCACACCUUGCACAAUGAGUUCUUUGGUUCCAUCGAAAACUCGCUACCAAGGAAGCAAUACAUCCUCCAGCGUGUGUCCCUGCUUCAAAACUUCUUCCAACAAGGGAUUCCCGUGGUGAGUCGAUUUCUGGCGGAAUUCCUGCCCAAUUGGAAUGGAGAGGAAUUGUUUCUAGAAGUCCUUGGAUUAGUUUCCCACGUACAAAUAACAGAUUUCGAAGAGUUGUCGGAGUGUGUGUUAACACCGCUGCUGGCACAUUUUUCGAAGAAAUUCACAAUUCAGCAACAGAUUGUGACCUUGGCGUGCCUACGUCGAUUGGUUUUUCAUUGGAUAACGCUCGAAUAUGAGCGCUGCAAGAACCAUUUGAAGCGCUUCUUCGGUACGGCCAAUCCGAAUUGCAUCAAUCCAUUGGGUGCCAUUGCCUCGCUCAUUGACAUCUUUGUCCAGUAUUGUGAGUCGGGAUUAGCACAAGCUUUGGCUGAAAGCAACCCACUCACAUCCAUGUACUUCCACGAAGUCCUCACCAACAUGCUCAUGGUAUCACGUUGUUUGGCCUCGUAUAAGCUUCCUCUCUGCUUAGAGUUGCCGCCUUCUUUCAUCUAUCACGCCUUAUUUCAAAGCACGCCUGUUGGGUUAAGCCAGGUCUUGGAGCACAUCAGUACGAUCAAAUUUGAGACGAUACCGAUUUGCCAAAAGGCCCUCAAACGCGUUCAAGCCUUGAUUGAUGAAGACAAUAUGGCCACUUCACUGGAAGCCGAAGCAGAGAAGGAAGUUCUAUUAGAACAGCUCAAGAGCAAAGAUGGCCUCAAUGUGGUCACCAAGGACAUCAUUGCCAUUCUCACCAACGACAUUGUGUACUUGGAUCGAGGUAAAUCGAUAUUUCGCCUGCAUUGGGACAUUGAGGAACAGUCCAUCCGGAAAUCUUUGAAUCUCACCAAUCACAUCGCUUUCCAACCGUUCAUUUGGGCAUUUUUGGAUAAAUCAUCGCACGAACACAAUCUUUCUCGACAAGAAAUUAUGGAUGACUUGCAAGAUGAGAAUACGAUGAUGACGGAAUCAUUCCUGGGCUUUCUCUCAACCCCUCUUCCGAUGGUGACGGCCUUCUUAAACGCAUUUCAAAGGCCCAAAAUAGCCAAAGGAGGGAGUGCUGGGGGCAAGUCUUUACACAGCAUUGGAUCAAUGCGAAGUCAAGGCCAGAUCUCGCAGAAGAGUCGAGGCACUUCAACAACGGCCACGAGUGGAAUUAGCUCGCUUGUGCCCACGUCCGUCAGAAAAUCUGCGAGAUCCAAAAAGAAGUGACAACUAUUCAUAAUGAGAAGCUCAUACUAAUGUUGAUGCGGAUACAGGUUUAUGGUUUAUUAACAACUUCACAAAGGAAAGCAAGAGAGCACAUUCGUGGUCUCUAGUAGCAUUUGUCGGACUACAGAAGGAAAUAUUAGAUGUGUUCAGAGCAAAAUAAGAUAGAUUAACAGAAUGA